AUGGAUGAGUUGGUCCGUAGUGCAUCGUUGAUAAUGUUAUUUGGAGCUGUUAGCAGCCAAGACAGCAAGCUGGCUAUGAUCAUCUAUCGGCCAACCCCCAUUCUCUCUAGUAUAUGUUGGACAUUGGGAAGGCUCAGAUCAAGAGGGGGAAGCAAAGGGCCGGCAGUGCAAUUAGAGAGAGCAGCAUUACCGAAGAAGAAAGAGAGAAAACCAUCAGUUCUGCCAAACCUAACACAGGCGGAGACAGCAAUUGCGGUUGGGUUCUACAUUGGAGUCACAAUGCCAUUGCUAGCAGCGUGGUUCAUAUGGGAGUUUAUUAAGGUGAGGUUGGGGUUGGUUGCAGGAUUAUCAAGCAUUGCUUUGUUGGUGUUUGGAGGGGUAGAGGCUCUGUUAGGAAGGGGAUCUUGCCGGGCGGAUCGUAUGGGGAGGCGGCAACUCUUGUAUUGUGUGAGGGUGUUGUUUAGUGGGUGGUUCACCUUUGCUAUAAUCUUUGGCCUCACCAAGUUGAUUGGUUCCAUUGGAUUAAUUGUAGGAAUUGGGUCUUAA